UAAAGAAACAUAACUAAGUCAAAUAAAGUUGAAUCUCUCUGUCUUUUUUGUCAUCUUGGUCCCAUACAUAGUGCCAAAUCUCAAUCUGUGAGAGUUGUGACUCGUAUGGAUUCUUAGGGUUUGUGGAAUUGAGAGAUUGAGAGGGGGAAUAAGGGAUUUGAGAUGCAUAAUAGCUCCUCCAGCUCCGGUGGUGACCUUGAAAAGCAGCAGCAGCAGGACAAGGAUGCCCAGAAGCAGAGCGAGUCUGUGAAUGAAGCGCAGAGCCUCACCAUCGUUGUCUGCAAUGGAGAUUCAAGUGGGACAGAAGUGUCUCAGAUCCAGAAAAAGGUUAGCUUGUCUAGGAAUAGCAGCUCUCACGAGCAGUGCAGGGUUUGUCAACAAGAGAAAGAAGAGGCUUUGAUUGAACUUGGGUGUCAUUGUCGUGGCGGUCUUGCUAAAGCUCAUAGGUCUUGUAUUGAUGCUUGGUUUCGGACUAAAGGCUCUAAUCAGUGUGAGAUCUGUCAAGUUGUGGCUGUUAACGUCACACCUCCGGAGACGCAACCAACUACGAAUUACUGGGUUUGGAGGAUUGAUCCUAGCUAUAGACAAGAGGAGCGUGAGAGAGGAUGUUUUAGUCCGCUUUGGGUUGUGUUCUCAAUUCUCAUUGGUGGUCUAAUGCUUGAUGUGUUAAUAUCCAUUACACUUGGGGUCUCUGCGCUUCCGGUUAACAUCAUUAUUGGAGUCAUAGUGGUGCUUGGUCUAGGAACUGCGCUAAGGCUGACUUUGGAGUUCUGUUAUGAAUGGAGCUUGAGAAGAGCUGUUCAGAGGGCGGUGCAGAGGGCGGAAGCAAACAACUUUAAUAAUAAUAUUGCGUAUCCACCUGCUCUGUAGGGGGGGAAACUAUGUCAAAGUUAAAAACUCGUGUGUAUGUUAAAGUUGUAUCAGACGUGUAGAAUUACAAUGCUAAAUUUGUUGGGGAGAUAGAACACAAAGAUGACUAGUUAGUUUCUCUUUUUAAGGCAUAUUAGAAAAAAAAUGAAGUAAAACUUCGAAACAUGAGAUGAGAGAGGUUCAAUUGUUUUUUUUACUAUAAAAGUCUAAUGAAGUUUUUUGGCUUGUA